UUUGCUGCUCAGAUGAUGUCACGUGAGUCCAUCCGACAAACCGCGAAAUACACACAUGUAGGGUUUUAGUAUACACGUAAAGUAAAGCAGUCGCCGUGAGAUUCCAUUUAACGAUGGGUGUGUAUCUGUCUACUCCAAACACAGAUAAAAACUCUACUGACCAAGAAUGCAGCAACUUCACAUAUGGAGCGUCAUCAAUGCAGGGAUGGCGAAUGUCUCAAGAGGAUGCCCACAACUGUAUUCCAAGUUUUGAUGGAAAUAAUACGUCCUUCUUUGCAGUAUAUGAUGGCCAUGGAGGUGCUGAAGUUGCUCAGUAUUGUGCAGAACAUUUUCCUGAAUACUUCAAGACACUUGACAAGUUUAAAAACAAGGAAAUAGGUCCUGCCCUUGAGGAAGCCUUCCUGGGGUUUGACAGCCAUUUGCUGACAGAAGAGGUCCAGAAAGCCCUGAAAGUGUCCGCAGGUCUAGAUGAUAUUGUUGAUGAUGAAGAAGAGAAAGCACGACAGAAGAAUGAAGCAGAGAUGUUGAGACAAGAAGCUGACAUGCCUAUAGAGGAACUUAUGGCACAGUAUGAAGGUGGGGCCAGCACACCUGCAGAAAUAAAAAAUCUCCGCAAGAAGAAACAUAUUAAUUCCCCAAUGAUUCGUUCCAAGAGGCCAAUGCUUGGCCAGGGAGACGAUGAAGACAGCGAUGUAAAAGACAAUGUGCAACUUGAAGGUUCUGUCAUCCCACUACGGGCCACAGCUGACAUCCAGGAAAAGCUGGCUAAUGGCCAUGCAGAAAAUGAAAACAAUCUAAAUAGGGAGAAGGAACAGAGUGACAUUCUACAAAAGGCCCAAGGAGGCAUUGCAGCCUCAUCUGCUAGUGAUAUAAGGAAGAUGGAGUGUGAUAGUGUGAUUAAGACAGACGAGGAAUCAAUAGAAACAUCAACUCAACAAGUUGAGUCAUCUGAGGCUUGUUCUUCAUCUGUAUUAUCAUCACCAUCAUCAUUAUGUAGUGGAGGACAAUCAGUACAAAAUGCCAGUGUUUCUAGCACAGACAAUAAUCAAGAGGCAGUGUCCAGUAAGUGUGACGUAGACGAGUCGGCAGAGGCAGACAGCACGUCCCAAGAGACAGGAUCAGCUAAAGUGUCAAUUGGGGGGUCAUCUAGUCAAAACUUUGAGGUGGAUGAGAGGCCGUCAUCAACUCAUGCAUCAGACAGCAAUAUAGAGGAAUCUGCAAGUAGUGCUGUCCCUGACCAGGUCAGCAAUGGAGGUUCUGGAAGUUCCAGUCAGAGUAAUGAAGGAUCAUCAUCAGGAGGGAAGAAGCUAGGUAAGAGUAGACACCUGGAGGACAUAGAAAGUGAGGAAGAAGAAUUAGAUGACGAGGACAGUGAAGAUGAAGAUGUUGAGUUCAAUAGCAGUGAUGAGGACGAAGAUGAGAGUGAUGACAGUGAGGAGAGUGAAGAGGAAGAUGAUGAUGACUUGUGUUACCCGACUGGCAAUGAGCAAAACAAUGAUGAGCCUGGAUACUGUAGCGGCUGUACUGCCGUCGUGGCUGUGAUUCACGAUAAGGAGGUUGUGGUGGCUAAUGCUGGGGACUCUCGGUGUAUACUAUGUAGGGAUGGAAAGGCCCUGGACUUGUCCUUCGACCAUAAACCAGAAGAUGAUAUAGAACGUAACAGAAUAGUGGCAGCAGGGGGUAAAGUCACCAGUGAUGGACGAGUAAAUGGUGGACUCAACCUCUCCAGGGCGAUUGGUGACCAUUUUUACAAAAGAAACAAGGACAAGGAUGCAAAGGAGCAGAUGAUCACAGCUCUACCAGAUCUUCAGUCGACCACGCUGCAGGAGACCGACCAGUUCAUGGUGCUGGCCUGUGAUGGUAUCUGGAACUACAUGACGAGCCAGGAAGUUGUUGAUUUUGUUUCUGAAAGAUUAAAGGAUCCAGAGAAAAAGAAAAAACCGUCAGUGAUCUGUGGAGAGAUAUUUGAUUACUGCCUCGCUCCUAAUACGCUGGGUGAUGGGACUGGCUGUGACAAUAUGACGUGUAUAAUUGUUACCUUCGACCAGAUGUGGAAUAACAACCAAAACAAACGUGCUGCCGACCAGCUGGAUGGACAGCCAGAGAAGCGUGCCAAGGUGGAGCAGACCUGAGUCAUCACAGACACUUGGUGGAAAGAUUUGUAAAUUUACAGGCAACCUUGUCAUUACAUGUAUAAACAUUACAAUGACGAGAUCAUGUGUUGCCGUGAAACUGCCCAUUUUUGUCCAUGUUUUUAUGGAUAUGGAUAAAAUGUAUUCUGAAGAUGUGUUGAUCAACAAUAUGUUGAGAUAUAAGAGGUUUAAUUGUUCAAGUGCUCAUCACCUUUAGGGUGCAACACAAAAAAAAUUGUCUUAAUUUAUCGGAAAUUGGUGAUGUCUUCAGCUAGUUUUCCAAUAUUGGUUGUUUUUGACUAAAGUGACAGGGAUGUGUACACAGAGCUAGUGAAUGUCGCUAUCCUGUUGAUAAUCUGUACACAGAGCUAGUGAAUGUCACUAUCCUGUUGAUAAUCUGUACACAGAGCUAGUGAAUGUCGCUAUCCUCUUGAUAAUCUGUACACAGAGCUAGUGAAUGUCGCUAUCCUGUUGAUAAUCUGUACACAGAGCCAGUGAAUGUCACUAUCCUGUUGAUAAUCUGUACACAGAGCUAGUGAAUGUGUCACUAUCCUGUUGAUAAUCUGUACACAGAGCUAGUGAAUGUCGCUAUCCUGUUGAUAAUCUGUACACAGAGCUAGUGAAUGUCACUAUCGUGUUGAUAAUCUGUACACAGAGCUAGUGAAUGUCGCUAUCCUGUUGAUAAUCUGUACACAGAGCUAGUGAAUGUGUCACUAUCCUGUUGAUAAAGUAAUGGACAUACAGCUCCCACUCCAGGUUGAUCACAAUGUUUUUAAAUGUCCUGUCAGUUUUAUGGUAAUGAUAUAAGUGAGGAGAAGAUUAUAAAAUUAGGGAUAUCAGUCUUUUUUUUUUUUAAGUGAAGAUCUGUUUUGUUUUUUCUUUUUUUCAAUGAUUUUGUACAUAAAUUGUCUUUGUGAGACAGGAGGGGAUGUAUAGAUUUUACCCAUGGGAAAGCUUUGUACAAAUUGUAUGUGUUUAGGUAGAAAUAUGAUGCAGCUACACAGAUUAUUUGUGAAAUGAGAUCACUUAUGCCCUGAACAUAAAUGGCUGUCUUUGAUUCAGUUUGCUGAUCAACUGUGUCAUUGACUUUGUCAGCUGUCUAGGACUUAGAUUCAUGUAUUCUCGACUGGAAUAGUUAUUUGUGAUUUAGAUCAUUGAAUAACUGUGUUCUUGACUUGAUUGACCAAAUUGUCUCGAGAUAUACCAUCUGUAGGACUUGAUUGACCAAAUUGUCGCGAGUUAUACCAUCUGUAGGACUUGAUUGACCAAAUUGUCUCGAGAUAUACCAUCUGUAGGACUUGAUUGACCAAAUUGUCACGAGUUAUACCAUCUGUAGGGCUUGAUUGACCAAAUUGUCUCGAGUUAUACCAUCUGUAGGACUUGAUUGACCAAAUUGUCUCGAGUUAUACCAUCUGUAGGGCUUGAUUGACCAAAUUGUCUCGAGAUAUACCAUCUGUAGGACUUGAUUGACCAAAUUGUCACGAGUUAUACCAUCUGUAGGGCUUGAUUGACCAAAUUGUC